AACCAAUGCGACCGCAUAUGUGUCCAGUCCAGUGGCCAUAUGGCACCGAAGGCUAGAUACAGUACCGCUACUAGCCACGCUAGCGUGAGGACAAAGAUCCACGGGAGCCGUAUGUCGUAUUGGAGUUGGCCGACCUGGGAGAGGAGAUUGGUGAGGGGAGUGGUACUCUUUGUCGUGAUCACUGCACCAAAACUCUAUGAGUCCUUUACCAACAUUGCUAUGAAAAUCCAAGCAAUACACUCUGUAAUCUCAUCCAUAUACCACCCCCAACAGCUACUACUUUUCUGUGAAACAUUCACCAAAACUAUUACUAAACUUCUGUGAAACAUUUGCCAAAGUUAUACCAAACAUUCACCAAAACUA